CGGCGUGGAUCGCGGCCGGAGCCGCCAUUGUUCCGCCGGGGGAGGACGGCGGGGCCUGGCGCUGGCGCCCCGACGCCGCUUAGCGGCCGCCUCUGGAGACACUCAGUCCCCGCCGCCCCGUGUCCUCCCGGCGGCCGCGGCGGCGUGAGGCCGGCUUCGGGCCACUGGGAGCCCUCGGCCCCUCCCCGCGGCGCCGGAGGCCGCCUAUCCCACCCCGCUCCAGCGCGAGGGGCGGCCGCGAUGCGCUCAGCCUGAGGUGUCGCGGCCCUCGGUAGCCUCCCACGACUGACUCUCCCCGAGGCGUCCGUGCGCCCCGGCGUCAUCCCGCGCGUCUCUCCGGCGGGAAGGAAGAUGGCUGCGCGGAGCUGGCAGGACGAGCUGGCCCAGCAGGCCGAGGAGGGCUCUGCCCGGCUGCGAGAGUUGCUCUCGGCCGGCCUGGGUUUCCUGCGCACCGAGCUGGGCCUCGACCUGGGGCUGGAGCCGAAGCGGUACCCGGGCUGGGUGAUCCUGGUGGGCACCGGCGCGCUCGGGCUGCUGCUGCUCUUCCUGCUGGGCUACGGCUGGGCCGCGGCUUGCGCCGGCGCCCGCAAGAAGCGGAGGAGCCCGCCCCGCAAGCGGGAGGAGGCGGCCGUGCCCGCGCCGGCCCCCGAGGACCCAGCCCAGCCGAAGACGCUGAGAAGCGACGAGCAAAAGAAGAAGAGCCGGAAGAAGCUGCCUGAGAAGCCCAAACCCAAUGGACGGACUGUUGAAGUUCCUGAGGAUGAAGUAAUUAGAGCCCGAAGUAUAACAGCAAAGCAGCCACCAGAGACAGACAAGAAAAAUGAAAAGUCAAAGAAAAAUAAGAAGAAAUCAAAGUCAGAUGCUAAAGCAGUGCAAAACAGUUCACGCCAUGAUGGAAAGGAAGUUGAUGAAGGAGCCUGGGAAACUAAAAUUAGUCACAGAGAGAAACGACAACAGCGUAAACGUGAUAAAGUGCUGACUGAUUCUGGUUCAUUGGAUUCAACUAUCCCUGGGAUAGAAAGUACCAUCACAGUUACCACCGAGCAACUUACAACUGCAUCAUUUCCUGUUGGUUCCAAGAAGAAUAAAGGUGAUUCUCAUCUAAAUGUUCAAGUUAGCAACUGUAAGUCUGGAAAAGGAGACUCUACACUUCAGGUUUCUUCAGGAUUGAAUGAAAAUCUUACUGUGAAUGGAGGAGGCUGGAGUGAAAAGUCUGUAAAACUCUCCUCACAAAUGAGUGCAGUAGAGGAGAAGUGGAACUCUGUCCCACCUGCUUCUGCAGGCAAGAGGAAAACAGAGCCGUCUGCUUGGACUCAAGACACUGGUGAUGCCAAUGCAAAUGGGAAAGACUGGGGAAGGAAUUGGAGUGAUCGUUCAAUAUUUUCUGGCAUUGCUGCUUGGUCUAGUGUGGCUAGGGGGAUGAGUGCCUCUCAACAGAACUCUGCUUCUUUUGCGUCUCUCACACUUAACUCUGCUGUCUCUGGGUCUACUGCUGAGCCAGUUUCUCAGUCUACCACUUCUGAUUAUCAGUGGGAUGUUAGCCGUAAUCAACCCUAUAUCGAUGAUGAAUGGUCUGGGUUAAAUGGUUUGUCUUCUGCUGAUCCCAGCUCAGACUGGAAUGCACCAGCAGAGGAAUGGGGGAACUGGGUAGAUGAAGACAGAGCUUCACUUCUGAAGUCCCAGGAACCAGUUUCUAAUGAUCUAAAGGUUUCAGAUGAUGAUAAAGAAAAAGGAGAGGGAGCUCUUCCAACUGGAAAAUCUAAAAAGAAAAAAAAGAAAAAGAAGAAGCAAGGUGAAGAAAACUUUCUCACACAGGACACAGAACUAGAAAAGGACGUUAGAGAAGAGCUUCCAGUGAAUACCUCCAAAGCCCGUCCAAAACAGGAGAAAGCUUUUCCCCUGAAGACCAUGAGCACUAGUGAUCCAGCUGAAAUACUUGUCAAAAAUAGCCAGCCUAUCAAGACUCUUCCACCUGCUAUCUCUGCCGAGCCAUCUGUUACCUUAUCAAAAGGUGACUCUGACAAGAGCUCUUCCCAAGUGCCACCAAUGUUACAAGACACAGACAAACCCAAGUCAAAUGCUAAACAAAACAGUGUGCCUCCCUCACAGACCAAGUCUGAAACUAACUGGGAAUCUCCAAAACAAAUAAAAAAGAAGAAAAAAGCCAGGCGGGAAACGUGAAUUUUUUCCUCUGAAUUGGACAUGUGUUUACAAACACUGUCUUGAAGAUUAUGCUGUUUAUGCAAUAAUUUGUGAACAUGUACAGAGUUUUAUAUAAAUUUAAACCAAUUUUUAAAACAAAACUGAACACAACCACCAUAAGAUGGAAUCAAAAGAAAGUUAAUUUAUGAAAUUAAGAGGUCAACAGAAUACAUACUGCAGUACUGGAAGACACUUGGGAGAGUCUUUUCAAUUAAACGAGAAUGAUCUUAAUUUAACAAUAUUAUCCUGGUUUUACAACAGUUCCCUGUUUACAACGGAUUGUUCACUGUCUCACCUGCAGCUGAGGAAUAAUGGAUUCUAAUUAGAGAAAAGGCUGCCUAGAAACCAGCAGGCAGCUCCUCGGACCUUAUGCACGAACUUAGACCAUUUGAAUCUAUUUAUGCUUAAAUCAAAGUGCUUUGAUCAAAUGCAUAAUCUGCCAUAUCUUUACGUAUUUGUUGUAGCGAUUUGUAUUAAAAGAAUCACAAGUGCAAAUAAAAAGUCAUUUAUCAUUUAACUAAACUGUCUUGGUUUAGUUUACAGUUCUUUAAAAGUUCUUAAUUCAAACAUUGAAAAAAUGCAAUUGACAGACACUUGUAUGGCUUACAAAGUUAUUUUUGAUAGUCUUACAUUACUUGAAUUAUUCAAAGUAACAGUAUAUUUUAAAUUAAGAAAGGUAAACUAUAUUAUUUGUUUGAUACAUUUAAGACUGAGACUAACAAAUAAUGCUCUUGUUUAUGAUUUGAAAACUUUUCAGGCAAAAUCCAACUUAAUAUUUUUCCUUUCCCUAGCAAUUUUUCCAGUGUCAACUCUUUGUUGCUAGCAAUUUUUUUUACCUUAAAAAUGAAGUGAUUCAUAACUUCAGAGCAUAUGAUAGAGAGUGGGAAGGUAGUCAGACAGCUUUAAUUGACAUUGUCGAGACCUCCAGUUAUCAGGAAUACGUCUUUUUACUGCCUUAACCUGUAGUGCGUAGAAUAUGCAUCAAUUUCUUGGAGGGGAUUCAUGUUUUUAUAAGAAUUUUCAUUAACUAUUAAAUUGUGGUCAAAAAAGGAACAUUUUCUGCUUGAAACUGUGUUGAUAUAAUUGAUGUGUGAUCUGUCACCAUUUUCAGGCACUGUGUGAUCCCUAGGAAACUGGCAGGCCUCUCUGUAACUGUUAAUAGUGCAUGCUCGGCCAUGUACACUGUAAAUAGCCUUUACCAAACGUGUUUGACAAGGACCAUAAUUAACAUCACUUAGUGAAUUGUGAUUU